AUGUCGACAAUCACCAAGGAUGCCCUCCAGUCGGGCAAUGAGCCGAUUGUCCCGCUGCCCUUCAACGCAAAUCAGCCUCCGAAAGUCACCCUGUAUCCGCUCUCCAACUAUACCUUCGGAGUGAAAGAAACCCAACCGGAGGAAGACCCAUCCGUAAUCGCUCGACUAAAGCGCCUGGAGGAACAUUAUGCUGAGUAUGGGAUGCGACGUACUUGUGAGGGUAUCCUAGUGUGCCACGAGCACAACCACCCUCACAUCCUCAUGCUACAAAUCGCCAACGCCUUCUUCAAGCUCCCUGGAGACUACCUCCGACCCGAAGAUGAUGAAAUUAAAGGAUUCAAGUCUCGCCUCGAUGAAAGGCUUGCCCCAGUCGGCCGAUUAGGAGAGGGCGAGGAAGCAGGCGACUGGGAAGUCGGUGAAUGUCUCGCUCAGUGGUGGCGACCAAAUUUCGAGACCUUCAUGUACCCGUUUGUCCCCGCCCAUGUGACGAGACCAAAGGAGUGCAAAAAGGCGUAUUUCAUUCAUCUACCAAAGACAAAGGUGCUUAGCGUGCCCAAAAACAUGAAGCUUCUUGCAGUGCCGCUCUUUGAGCUCUACGACAAUACCGCGCGAUACGGACCGCAGCUCUCCGCUAUCCCCCAUCUGCUUAGCCGUUACAACUUUGAAUUCGUUGACGAGAACAACAACAUUGUUGCUUCCACGCCGGGUGCUGGUGCCCCCGACGGAUACGUACCAAAAGUCAAGGUCCUGGCCGGUGAUGACACAGACAUGAAGGAAGAGAACGGGGUGCAAGCUUGA